GAAAGAGGGGAUGAAGAUGGUACGAUAACAAACCUGGAGAGGCGGGAAGCGCAAAAUGCCCCAAGGAAGCAUCCAAUAUCAAGGGACGCAGAGAAGAGCCUGCGGUCCAGGUGCACACUGGAAUGUCCAGGUUGUGAGAGACAAGAUGACAACACGGUGUUUGUGGUACGCCUGCGAAGCUCUCGGAAUUGGGCUGCUGCUAAUGCUUUUAGGAGCUUGCAUGGCCACCAUAGGAUACUUCGCCGAUCAGCUUUCCGUGGCGCAAGAAGUCAGAGGUAAUCUGACUAUAAGAGUGAAGAAUGAGUCACGUGGAUUUCAUCUCAACAACCUUAGUUACGCUGGACCAAUCGUUAUGGGUGUAGGAGGAUUUAUCGUAGUAGCAGCUUGCGUAAUGACCUUCGAGGCACGCGAUAACGCUGCCAAAGUGGUACCAGCACGUUUUCGCUUUAGCCAAACGUCGACAAUAAAGAGCAUAAAAAAUCAACGUAACCGAAGAUCCAUAUCUAGUCAGACGACCAAAUGGGACCACCAGCUUGGUGUGUUUAGAGUGAAUAGAAGUCCAAGCCCAAGCAUACAUGAUGUAUUGAGGAAACAGUUGACAGCGGAAUUUGUGCAGUUUUCAAAGGAACUGGGUGACAAACAGACUGGUCAUUCCAUUAAGAAGAGUCCCAGCGCGCCAAGUCUAGUAGAUAAGAAAUCGCCCCGUAAACGAACACCAAAAUACGCUGGAUGCGCACUGUUGAACCCAGAAUUAUUACAAAGACAUGCUCUCUCCGUUGACAAUCCUAGCUACAGUACUCAUCAGACAAGUAGAGAAAGUUUGGAACAGCAGAAGAUGGGUGGCAGCCAAGUUUCAAUGGCGAUGGAUUUGCACAUUCCUAACAAAGGUCCAGUUACACUGAAAGUGAAGGACAGGUCAGACACUGCUAGACGACAUCAACUACUUCGUCAGACGAAAGUUGAGUACGUCGAAGAGGUAGAUGAAUCGAUACGGUCACCAUCCACUCGUGGUUACUCGCCUAAUCUAUCAGGUCAGUUCGACAACUAUCCAGGUGAUUUUGUAUCAAGAAAAAGAAACUCUAUAGACAUAAGACUGUUCGAGGAACUAACUGCAACGAAAGAUCUCACGAAAAUAUCUCCCAGAGAUUUUCGCAAGAUUUCUUCGCCGAGCUUCCAUAAAAUGUCUUUCGAUAAAAUUGGAAGUGAACGUAGGAUUGAAAGAUUAAUGGGUCAACGAAAAGCGAGCCUGGAAUUUAGAAGGAGUCCUGAUUUCCGCAGGGGAGAUUACAGGAAAUUGUCUGUCGACAGAUUCAGCGUCGAUUGCACUAAAUACCUUUUCGAGGACGCGGGAAUCAGAUCAAGAGCGAGCAGCGGUGAGAUUCUGAAAAGGCAGCGUCAACCGAAACUGUAUCAAUCGAAAUCGGACGACAAUAGAAGGCAAUCCUUCGACAAACACCAAAAAGACUCGAGCAGAUACUCGUUGAACACGCAAGCGGUGAUCGAGAGCAGCGGCGACGACUCGGAAUUUAAAUAUUUCACAGCUACGACGGUUGACACCGAGGGAAAUCGAGCAGUUAUUUCCGAUGAGAGCCACAGGAUCGAUAUCGACAAGCUAAUCGCCAAGACAAAUUCUUUCGAAGGGCCGACCGAGAACGACGCGUUGCUCGAGGAACCCGAAUUGGAAAACCUUCCGGAGAACGGUAACGAAAGUCCAACGGAUCGCCUAGACAAACAUGAAAAAUGUAACCAAGAUUCCGGGAUAAUAGAAAAUUUUAUGCUGGAAUGUGGCGUGUCGGGGAAUCAAAAAAUAGACGAAUAUGUUAGUGAAAAUUUCAAGGAUUUCACCAAGAGUGAAGAGACGCCAUUGUACAUAGCAGACGACGAAGUUUGA